AUGCUGCGGGGGACGCGUGGCCGAUGCAGCAAGCGGACCCCCGGCUACGUCUUCUGGCGGCAGAGCACCCUCGUCGAGUUGGAGAAGACGAAGCGCAACUACCUGCUGACGGAGCGGCCGGUGCCAGUUGCUGAUAUCGCCCGUCGCAUGGUGCGGGUGAAGUCGCGCUACCUCGACACCAACGACUUCCACGAGCAGAACCUCCUGCGGGGCGAGUACAAGUACUUUUCCGGGAAACUCUGCGAUCUUCGCCACGCGCGCCUGGAGGACAUGGUUGCCUACGUCGAGUGCGGCUCCUUCUUCGGCUUCUGGGACACCGCCCAGAUGGAUCGCGUGAUGGAGGAGCUGCUGCUGAAGCUCACCGAACUCGGGCCUGUCGAGCUCGUGCACCUCUUCACCGCACUUCCCCCGCUGCGAAAGCAAAGCACCGCGUUGUACAAGUACGUCGCCCGUGCGCUCGUCGACGUCGUGCCGGAGCUCGCGCUGGAGGAAUGCAUCCGAGUCGCCGCCGCGUGUGAUGCGGGGGUGCCGGAUGAACUCGUGUACAACCUGAUGCAGGCCAUUGAGCCGGAGGUUGCACGUGGUGGCCUCACUGCGGCCCGUGCGGUGGAGCUCAUGGACACAUUCGGCACCUGCACCCCGUCGGCUCAGCGGCAGUUUGACCUGCUAUUUGAUGCUUUGAAGCAGGCGGCGGUGGCGGGAAUGGCGGAGCUGAGUGCGAUGGACGUCGCGGUGAUGUGCACAGCCCUGAAGCUGCGGGACGCGCUGGAUACCGUCACCGAGGCGAACGCUGUACGUGCGUUUCUUUCCCGCCUGGAGGAAACCUGCGCCCGAUCCACGUCCAUGAUGUUUACGGCCGUGACUGCCACGCCUGGCUUUUCGCAGGCCAUGGAGGAGCGCGUGGUGUUCCUCGCGACCGACUUCACGCCGGGCGAGCUGCUCAGUGUCUUCACCGUCUACAUGGACAAUUACACCGCGGUGUAUCUCGUUUCCCACGGGGCCGCAGGGGUUGCGGCGGCCGCCUGUAAGGCGUCUGGGUCAAAAAACCACCUGGAGGAGCUUCACUUUGCGCAGCAGCGUCAGACGACGUUGGUGCGCGUCCUACGGGAGCUCAUGGAUCAGAUGCGGCUCCUGAUGGAAUCCGCCACCGCGUACUUUUUGCCCACAGUACAACUGCAGUACCUGGAGGUGUUCAGCAGGGCCGUCGAGGACAUGGAAGGUCACGUGGCGCACUUGACGGAUGCCGUUCCGCCGCUGGGACGGUGCUUGGAACUUCUUUCAUCGCGGGUUAUCGCUUCGCUGCGGCGGUACACCUACAUGGAUCUGGUGGCGCUGCUGCAACUCUGCGCCCCGCUGGGCAGGUUGGUGGCGGACGCCGCCAUUAGUGCGGCGGUGCAGGAACUCAUUCAGCGUGAGGUGGGGGCGUCGAGGGAGGAGGCCGCGGAGCUGUGCGUGGUGCUGCAGCAACUGCCAGGCUUGCGGGCGGAGCAUCAGCGGCGCAUUGAGAACUUUCUGCUGCCCAAACUUCGUGGGCGUAGUGCUCAAGCCGGCUGA